ACGUUAGUAGCUAUCCCACAGAUAGACAAGUAACGUUAUGUUUCUCAAACUAAGCUGAAGAAGUGAAGAGCUUGCGAGCGCAUUAUCUACUGUUUUACCAUUGAUAAUAUACACUUCCUUUUGUAGUACGUUUAGUUGAAUAAUGAAACGUUAUUACUGUUUUUUUUAACGAUAGCCACCUCCUGCGGCUGCGUUCUUGAGCUGUCAAUGAACAGAGGGGUCACAGAUUCGACUCCGGCGUCGAGACAAGUCAACUCGUCCCAAAUGAAGAACUGAUGAUCAAGAGGCAACUUUCCAACUGGAUGCUAAAGAUGCAUAUAAUUCUACACGAAGAUUUUCACAUCCAUUUUUGUAUUAUUUACUUUUGGUACAUUUUAUGCGCACCAGUUGCGUUCUAGAGGUUAGCUUUGUGUUAAGUUUUACAAAGCAUUUUCACUCCAUGCUCGGGCGACGGGAUGGAAGUUUAGCGGUAUCGGCCUUAAAAAGUGAGACUGGGAUCUCUUGAGGAUUUGAUUCUGGUGUGAAGUUAUGACAAUGACUGGAUCAAUGGAAAAUUCUUUCAAACAAGCUUUAAAGAAACCUCCAUCACUACGGACAGCAGAGGACUUGCACACUAUUUACUGUCACUUCUACCACAUGGAUGUCCUGUCCCACCUCAGGGAGCACCAGCUCAGGUCAAUGAGUACCUCAGCCAGGUACGAGAGACAUGAAGCUAACCACAUCCUGUUCUACCCAGACAGCAUCUCCACAUGCUGGUACACCCUCCUGUCCGGUUCAGUUAUCCUCAAGGACCACAUGUACUUGGCCAGAUGCUGCUUUGGCAAGCAGCUGGGGGGCAGACGAGGCUGUGAAUGUAUCACUUUAGAGCCCUCAGAAAUGAUUGUGGUGGACAAUGCCAGCGAGGGUGAGGGGGCACUGCAGAGGGAGGUGUCCCAGAGACGUUCCCGCCGGCGCUUUCGCAAAGUCAACCCCCGGGGAGAGCGGGAACUGAUCACUGACGGCCAGGACCCCACGCUUCCUGGAGACCUAAACAAGAUGCACCUUACAGACCAACCCCACAGCCAGGGGAGCCACGUGCCGCCCAGCCAAUCCGGAUGCAGUAUCACCAGCGACUCGGGGAGCAGUAGCCUUUCAGACAUCUACCAGGCUACAGAGAGUGAAAUGGGUGACGUGGACCUAUCCGGGCUCCCGGAGGCAGCGGUGGACUCUGAGGAAGAGGAGGAGGAGGAUGAAGACCUGGAGAGGACGUCAGACACCCUGAUUGGUAGAGACCUGGUCAGGGAGUGUCUGGAGAAAGACCCCGUGGACCGCAACGAUGAUGACAUUGAACAACUGUUGGAGUUCAUGCACCAGCUGCCAGCCUUUGCCAACAUGACCAUGUCGGUGCGAAGGGACCUGUGUACUGUCAUGGUGUUUGAGGUGGUGGAGCAGGCGGGGACCGUCAUCCUACAGGACAAACAGGAGCUGGACCUGUGGUAUGUGAUCCUGAACGGGGGGGUGGAGAUCGGCCACCCAGACAGCCGCAUGGAGACCCUCUGCAUGGGCAACAGCUUCGGCAUCUCCCCCUCCCUGGACAAGCAGUACAUGAGCGGAGUGGUGCGCACCAAGGGGGACGACUGCCAGUUUGUGUGCAUCGCCCAAGAGGACUACUGGCGGAUCCUCAACCAUGUGGAGAAGAACACACACAAGGUGGAGGAGGAGGGAGAGAUCGUCAUGGUGAAGGAACAUCGCGAGCUGGACCGCAGCGGCACCAGGAAGGGACAUAUUGUCAUCAAGGGCACCCCACAGCGUCUGAUCAUGCACCUGGUGGAGGAGCCGUCAGUAGUGGACCCCACCUACAUCGAAGACUUCCUCCUCACCUACCGCACCUUCCUCUCCAGCCCCAUGGAGGUUGGCAAGAAGCUGCUGGAGUGGUUCAAAGUCGACAGCCUCAGAGACACGGUGACACGGAUAGUGCUGUUAUGGGUGAACAAUCAUUUCAACGACUUUGAAGGUGACCCGGCCAUGACGCAGUUCCUGGAAGACUUUGAAAAGCUGCUGGAAACCACAAAAAUGAAGGGUCACCUGCGGCUGCUGAACAUAGCGUGUGCAGCCAAGGCCAAGUGGAGGCAGAUCACCCUGCAGAAACCUUCCAGGGAGUCCCCGCUCUACUUCAGCCUGCAUGGCGGCAGCGAGAGGGGCUUCGGCAUCUUCGUGGAGUCGGUGGAGGAGGGCAGCAAGGCCGCCGAGGCAGGACUCAAACGGGGAGACCAGAUUAUGGAGAUCAAUGGUCAGAACUUUGAGAACAUCUCCUACGUCAAAGCUAUGGACUUCCUGAGGACCAACACACACCUCUCCCUCACAGUCAAGACCAACAUCUUCGUGUUCAAAGAGCUGCUGAGCCGGAUCGUACACGAGAAGAUGAACAGGGGUCCCCACAUCCCCAAGAUCCAGGAGAAGAAGGGUAACCGCUUCUCUAUCCCAGACCUGCCUGGAGACAUGGAGUUCCCCACAGACCAUAAGGCCACCAAGAAGAUGAAGGCCAACACAGUGUCUGGAGGACGGAACAAGAUCAGGAAGAUGCUGGAGAAGACCCGCUUCAGCAUCCUACCACCCAAGCCUUUCAGUGAUGGCGGCGUGGGCCAGUCUCAGGAUGACAGCAUUGUGGGCACUAAGCAGUGUAGGCACAGCGUGGCCAUCAUGCCCAUCCCUGGCAGCAGCAUGUCAUCCAGCAGUCCUGAUCUGCUACAGCCAGCCACCAGUGUGCUGGACUUCUCCAACACAGCAGACAUUCCAGACCAGGUGAUCCGGGUGUUCAAGGCUGACCAGCAGAGCUGUUACAUUAUCAUCAGUAAGGACACCACGGCCAAGGACGUGGUCAGUCAUGUGGUCAACGAGUUUGGCCUUAUCGCAGCCCCGGAGACCUACUCCCUCUGUGAGGUGUCUGUCAGUCCCGAGGGCGUCCUCAAACAACGCAGGCUACCUGACCAGCUCUCUAAGCUGGCUGACCGCAUCCAGCUCAAUGGCAGGUACUACCUGAAGAACAACAUGGAGACGGAGACGUUGUGUUCAGACGAUGACGCCCAGGAGCUGCUGAAGGAGAGUCACAUCACCCUGCUCCAGCUCAGCACCGUGGAGGUGGCCGCCCAGCUCUCCAUGAGGGACUUUGAGCUGUUCCGUAACAUUGAGUCCACUCAGUACAUAGAUGACCUCUUCAAGCUGCUGGACUCCUCGGGGGGGCUCCAACAGACACACCUCAAGCAGUUUGAGGAAGUCAUCAACCAGGAGACCUUCUGGGUCGCCACGGAGAUCCUGAGAGAGCCCAACACCAUGAAGAGGAUGAAGACCAUCAAACACUUUAUUAAGAUCGCCCUGCACUGUAGAGAGUGCAAGAACUUCAACUCCAUGUUCGCCAUCAUCAGUGGUCUGAAUCUGGCUCCAAUAGCUCGUCUCAGGUCGUCGUGGGAGAAGCUUCCCAGUAAGUACGAUAAGCUGUUCCAGGACCUGCAGGACAUCUUUGACCCAUCCAGGAACAUGGCCAAGUACCGCAAUGUCCUGAGCAGCCAGAGCAUGCAGCCUCCCAUCAUCCCCCUGUUCCCUGUCGUCAAGAAGGACCUCACCUUCCUACAUGAAGGUAAUGACUCUCACGUAGACGGCCUGGUGAAUUUUGAAAAGCUAAGGAUGAUUGCUAAGGAGAUCCGUCAUGUGGUCCGUAUGACCUCCGCCAACAUGGACCCAGCUCUCAUGUUUAGACAGAGGUCUCUGAGUCAGGGCAGCACCAACUCCAACAUGUUAGACGUACAGGGCGGGGCCCAUAAGAAGCGUGUGCGUCGCAGCUCGCUGCUCAACGCUAAGAAGCUGUACGAGGAUGCUCAGAUGGCCCGUAAGGUCAAGCAGUACCUGUCCAACCUGGCGGUGGAGACGGACGAGGAGAAACACCAGACCAUGUCUCUACAGUGUGAGCCUACCUACAGCACCUUGUCCAAGAACUUGAGUGAGCGACGGUCCAACAAGUCGGACAUGUCUCCAGUGUCGCUGCGCUCGUCACUGCACGGGGGGAAGACCCAGAACCGCGUGUCUCAGGUGCUCCAGGUCCAGGUACCCCUCUACCCCCUACGGAAGAAGAGCACGGCCAAAGACAUUCACAGCGCACACAACUCCAGCUCUCCCCAGGUGAUAAAGAAGCAUCCCAGCUCCCAGCUCAGCCAAUCAGAGGACAGUACCUGUUUUGGGAAGAGGCCUGCUGAAGACACUGUGUCCACCGUUUCCUCCCUGCAUUCCAGCCCCACUGUAUCGCCACAGGGCUCCCCUCGCAAAGUGGGAGGCGUGGUCAACCCCCAGCAUAACACCAACAGCCAGAUGAACCGGUCUGGCUCGUCGUCCUCUCUGACCAGCGAGGCCAGCACCAAGGCAGGCAGCCGCAGCUACGGCAUAGGCUAUGCCCUGAUGCCUGCAGGGAAGUCAGACAACCUGUCCGACUCCAGCCACAGUGAGAUCUCGUCCCGCUCCAGCAUCGUCAGUAACUGCUCAGUGGACUCCAUGCCUGUUGGUCCUGCAGAGGAGCGCCGUGGCAUCAAGACCAGGGAUACCACAGAGACCCCAGGCACCACCACGCAACUCACACAUGCCAACUCUGACUGCAGCCAGCCCAGCACCAGUUUGUCUUUGGCGCGGGGCCAGGUGACGCGGGGCUCCACCUUCACCUCCUCGACCUCCACAGAGGAACUGGCCCCCGACCACGCUUCCCUGGACAGCGUGGUCGACAGCGGGCGGGGAAGCUGGACCUCCUGCUCCUCCAACUCCCAUGACAGCUUCCAGAGCCUGCCUGUCCCCCUUCUAGGCCUGGGCCGACCCCCUGCCUGGGACCACCUGGCGCCUGGGGGCUUCCGCCACACCCAGCUAGCAGGGCCUAUAGCAGAGGUGGAGGCUGGGCCAGCCGGGGAGGGGGUAGUGGGAGCACCAGGGGCGGGGUCCAGGGGAGGAGAGGAUGCCAAGAGGCUCUCCAGAGACAGUUCAGAGCUCAACCAAUCACGGCAGAGCUGGGCCUCGUCAUCCUCGCUGUCUGACACAUAUGAGGGGAACUACGGCACCAUCAAACGCCGCACUGCAGACGGUGCCUCAGACGCCACUUGGGAGGGGCACGACGCACCCCAAAGCACAGCCCCCAUCUACAAAACGGUCACUUCAAGCACCGAGAAAGGCCUCAUAGUGUAUUGUGUAACCUCUCCCACCAAGGACGAUAGGUACAGGGGGCCUCCCCCCACCCCUCCAGGAUACCAGGGCCUCACCCUGGUUAACGGACUGGAUGGAGCUCCUCCUCGGCUCCCCCACUUGCGGCCACCCGACUAUAGCGUGGCCCUGCAGAGGUCUAAGCUGCUACAGAGCCCCGGAGGCCUGGUGGAGCCCCGGAGCCUAGGUGUGAACCACCACCACGAAUCCCAGGGCCAGUCCAGGCCAGGCAGCGUCUGCCUACAGGGUAUGGAGGAUAGUGAGGAUGAUGAGCAGGUGUCAGCUGUGUAGACUAGACGCCUGAACGGACACGGCAGGUCGUUGGAGGGAGGGUGAGAGGAUGAGGGAGGGAAAGGUGCUUUUAACCUGCCAUGCUGCCGCCUCUGGGCACACUCCUCUCACCCCUCGCUCCUCUCCAGGUCCUCAGUCUCAGCUGACGGCUGCUCGAGGCCAAACCAACGGCACCCCCACAGAACUUGUACAAUCGUCUCUUUUUACUCCAUUUUGAAAAGGUUUUAGCAACUCUCCUGUGUUUAGACUCCCACUGCCCUGGAACAGAGCUGUAAACCGACUGAGAUGUGAUGUCACGGGGUGUGGCUGAGGCGUUUGGGACACAGUGCUUAUGAAGAAGGGAUGGACGAUGCCUGCUGAUCACUCAAUGUCUUUUUAACAGUACCUCUAUUUGCUUUGGUGCUCUCUUGUCCCAGGUUUUUUAAAAUGGUUUUUCCUCAGUCGAUGCAUGAAAGUGAUUGUUUUUUAGCCGUUUGCUUGAUUGCGCUCAGCUUUAAAUGGCAUGCAGACAUGAGCGUAGCUCUGAGAAUAUCCAGGAAAGGAGAAAGCAUUUAUUUUUCUUCUCUGUAGUUUAGAAAGCAGAGAUCUGGCAGUCGGCAGAAAUGCCCUCGAGUCAAGAGUGACUCCACAUAUCUUUUAAUUUGGAGGAGUGGGUGUGGGCAGCUCUUAUUGCACCUUGUGGAGUUUCAACAGCAUCUCAGGUCAUUGUGUAUGCUGCACCACACCCUCAUCUAUUCAGACGCUCUCUCUUUCUGCGCUUGUUAACCUACGGUAACAUGAGGUACUUUACUUGCAUGCUUCCAUCUGUAUGUUUAAUGAAUGUUAUUCUAAGUUGUUUUUAAUGAGUUGACAAACAAAAAGGCUCACUGUUGUAGAAUAGUACAAUGUUUUAUUUUAUUGCAGUACUGUAAAACAAAAUAUUAUCACUGUACAAACGUUAUUUGGUAAGCUUUAAAUGCGAGGCGUGCAGCCAACAGCCCAAAGUUGUUUACACAGAUGCUUACAAACUUGUUUAGUGUGUUUGUUUGUUACACUAGUAGUUGUCUAUUGAAUUAAAAGCUAAAAUGUAAAUGUAUUAUGAUUUCAGGUUAAUUUGAUAUGUAAAGUAUUUUUUAUGCGGUAAGAAUAUGUGGAUGCAGCAUAAACAACACAGUGUUUUCUUUUAAUGUACCUCUUCUAACUUGGCUAUUAAGUGUCUGCUAAUCUGGUUUAGUUGUCAUGGCAACAAAAGAAAAAACUGCUUGACAAUGGAAAAUGCAUUGCAAUGCAUUAAUAGUUUCUUCUUAUUGCAAUCAAAAGCUCAUUAUUUGUUGAGGUUUUAACCCUCUAGGGUUGAGGGUGAAACUGCUGAAUGUUAUUGUCAUUAGGGAUAUAACUGGACUUACUAGUUGGGAGUCUUUCCUUCAGCUGUCUUUUCUGUGUGUGACGCUUGUUGUUUUCUGUUUUGCCAUACUAAGACUUGAAAAUAUGAAUGGUUAUAUAUAAACAGUGCAUGUAUACAUUUAUACAUAUAUUUUUGGUUUGUCAUAAAUUAAUGUUACAGAUAUUGUAUAGAUGAAAAGAGUCCUCUAUAAAUGCUAUUUUAAUAUUUUGUUAUAAUAAAAUCAAAGAUUGUGAUUGCCCCUUUGCUGUCAUUGGGCAGGAAUCUUUUGAAUAUAUAUAUUUUUUUGCUCUCUG